CACUCCUUCCCCAUGGUCCGCUUCAAGUAUCGCCACCUCCUCGUAGAGUUCCUCGACCCCGCGUCGCUAUCGCCUCUUCCAUCCCUCCCCGACAAGCUGCCAGAUGCAGAUGAGGUGGAAGGCGAAGAGUGGGAGGGGGAGGAGGAGUUAGCCCGCAUCCCCGAUAUACCAUUCGUCCUGCCGCUCAAUCCCACACAACCGUUGUUGGGCGACGACGGCUCUAGUGCCGUGUAUAAGGCCGUCAGGAGCAUGUGUCAGAGCGUGUUUGGGGAUGAAGGAUGGGGGCGGGUGUCCAGUAGUUUCAAAGUGUCAUAUCACUCGCCGCUUACCACUCUCACAAUCCUGCGCGUUGCGCGUCCGCACUACCGCCUUCUUUGGGCGGCCAUCACGCUCCUGACCUCCAUCGGAGGGGUUGCAGUUCUUCCUCGCGUCGUCGCUGUUAGUGGGACGAUCAAGAAGCUCCAGGCCGCUGCGAUUGUGCACCACCGGCGCGUCACAGCUGCGGCAGUUGCGGCGCUGCUCAAAGAGGGCGUCAAGGGCGAGGCGGACAGGGAGGCGCUAGAGAAGCGCUGGGUGGCUGAACGCGAAGAGGUGGCCCGCCUCGAAGCGCCGGAAUAGUUGUAUGCAUACGGGACUAACAGUGUACAACAGAUCCUAUCCUACAGUCUAUGUCAUCGCUUGGUCGUACAA